AUGUUGCAAGAACUGGUGCGUGCGGCAAUGGCGGCCGCGCCCGGGGACGUUCCGCCGCCCUUGGCCACCCCUGCUCUUCUUCCGCAGGCCAAAAGUGUUAAGGAAGACCCGAGUUUUCCCCAAGCCUCGCCGGUGGUUCCGGCCAUGACGCUUCCGCCCGACCUCGUCCGCCGCGUCGGCGACUCCCUCCUGUCCACCAACGACAUCGACUGCUACAUUCACUUCCGCGCCGUUUGCCCCGGCUGGCGCGCCGCCACCGACGACCCCAUGAGGGACACCUCCGACCCCCGCUUCCAGCCGCGCCGGUGGAUCGUCCUCGACGAGGACUUCCAGAGCGAAGGGAAGCUGCUCCUGCUGAACACUGAAAGCGGCCGCUUCCUCCACAGAAAGCUCCCGCUGCUCAGCGACCACUACGUCGUCGCCACAACUCGCAAUGGCUACUUGGUCCUGGCGGACAAAAGCCCUCCUCACUCUGCCAGCGUCCUCAACCCUCUCACCGGCGUCGUCAUCCGUUUCAUGGCGCCUGUGCCCCCCGAGGUGGGAUACGCUGCUGUCUCCUUUGCCAACUCUGCCCUCAAGCUCACCUUGUUCGCCGACUCAUCUCACGAGAUUUACUCGGCCUAUCCCGACAAUAAGAGUUCCGUCGUCCACAAGGUUCAGCAAGCAGCUUAUGUUUUCUUCCGUAAUGCGCUCGUGGGCGGUGUCUACACAAACACUAUAGGGCUUGUCGUGAUUGCUCGUUUAUGCAGAUUGCUGAUGACUCCAGAUGCAAACCACCUUUGUUUUCCAGUGGCUUUGGGUAGAGAAAUGCUGCUUGUCGGGAGUGCAGAGGUAUCGUUCUUUAUUUUUAAAACAGACAAAGACUUUAAGAUGGAGGAUGUGGAUACCAUCAACAACUAUGCCAUUUUCAUUGGUCAUCAGAGGUGCCUGGCUGUCGAUGCUGAUAAGUUCUUAGGCAUUGAGGCAAACUGCAUCUACUACACUGAAAAUCUGGGUUCGUCCGCUCGUAUAUGCAAGUGCGACAUCAAGGACAGAAAAGUAGAGAAGAUCUCUGAAACUGCCGAUUUCAUCAAGAAGGACAAGAAGUUUGUCCUCGUUGCUGACCGUCCUUCGACGAUCAUCCACCUUCUCUCCAGCUACACCAUCAACAUCCCGGACUCUCAGCUGGCCUUGCAACAGAUUCCAUAA